AUGUUGAUUCCCAAGGCCGACCGCAAGAAGAUUCACGAGUACCUCUUCCGCGAGGGCGUCCUCGUCGCGCAGAAGGACUUCAACCUCCCCAAGCACCCCGAUAUUGACACCAAGAACCUGUUCGUCAUCAAGGCUGCCCAGUCCCUCAACUCCCGCGGCUAUGUCAAGACUCAGUUCUCUUGGCAAUACUACUACUACACCCUGACCCCCGAGGGUCUCGACUACCUCCGGGAAUGGCUUCACCUGCCCGCCGAGAUCGUUCCUGCUACCCACAUCAAGCAGCAGCGAUCACACGCUCCUCCCCGU